AUGCGUAAACAACAGAUCCAAAUUCCGUUUGACAAAGGACGUACCAUGUUGGGCGUGGUAGACGAGACUGGACAGUUGCAAUAUGGUCAGGUUUUUGUGCAGUACACCGAAAAUUUAAACCUGAAAACGCCACCACCAAACGCGGCGAAAAAAAUAGUUACUGCUGUGGACAUUCCUGAUCUGCGGCACUUAUGUGACGUAAUCGUUUUUCCAAUGCAUGGACCGAGACCACAUCCUGAUGAAAUGGCA